UCCACUCGGGCAUUGGGUGAUGAAUUAUUGUGAAAAAUGAUGAAUAAUCUUUCACAAGGGGUUGAUUAAAAAGUGGAUUAGGAUUUCAAUUUUCAUUAUCCAACAUUCAAUACAGCCUUAGCUUCCCACUUUCUUUCUCAAAACAUGCCCAAAAACACAGGAAUCCUAUUUGACACAAAUCAAAAAGAAAAACACACACAAAAAUGGCUUAGAGAAUGUGGGCAUCUUGUACUACUAAUGCACUUUGCCUUUCUUGUACUUCUAAGCCUCUUUCUUUCCCUCCAGUUUCCCUAUCAACAUGCUUUUCCACUGUAUUGGAUAAUUUGAAGUAUGCAUCAUCACAUGAAUGGGUGAAACAUGAAGGUUCAGUGGCCACCAUUGGUGUUACUGAUCAUGCUCAGGGCCAUCUCGGAGAUGUAGUGUUUGCAGAGUUACCAGAAGGAGGAGAAGCAGCAGCAGGAAAAGCAUUUGCAUCAGUUGAAAGUGUGAAAGCAACUAGUGAUGUUAAUUCCCCUAUUUCUGGUCAAAUCAUUGAGGUUAACUCCAAGCUUUCCGAUACUCCUGGCUUGAUAAACACAAGUCCAUACGAGGAAGGAUGGAUGGUCAAAGUGAAGCCAAGUAAUCUAGCAGAGUUGGAAAGCUUAAUGGGUCCUAAAGAGUACACAAAAUUCUUUGAAGAGGAAGAUGCCCAUCAUUAGCACAAUGAACAACAUAUAAUCAUCUUUGAAGCCAUGUUUUUCCUGCCUCUUUUCGAUGUAAAAAAACUUGCAAAUCGUCAUGUUUAAGACUAUAAGUAGAUAGCUAUAUUUUCGCUCCAUGAUCUUUCAAAUUAGGCUUCUACUCUAUCACCAAUCUUUGCCGCAUUUUCUCUUAUAAGUGAGAGCUUUAUAGAUGAAAUUGGCAAACAAUUGGCGAAAAGGGCUUGUACAUUGAAAAGCAGUAGCAGGAAGCUUGUUGUUUAGAACACAUUUUAUAUCAAUUGAAUCAGUAAAUUACGAUUGCUUGCUCUAUAAUCUAAAUACAUAUACAAGGCUAAACUAAAAAUUUAAAAAAAUAAAAAAAAUAAUUUCUAACCUUUGUUCUGUUCAUAAGUUAUUUUUUUACUAGGAGUCCGUUUCUUUUUUUUCGAAUUUGAAUCGGAUU